AUGGAAGAGAAGCGCCGUUCUGCUCUAAUCAAGCAGCGGAAAAAGAAGAAGGCUGAGACAAAAGCUGAACGAGAGGCCAAGGCGCGCGAGCUUGACGAAUUAUUGCAAAAGAGCGCCGCCUUUAGUGAUAUUCUCACCAAAAAGACCCAAGUUCUCGGUCGAGUUGGGAGUAGUCUGGACGGUAAGAAGCUCGGCGAGCAUAACUUGCAGAUGGCGGCACAGCCGAAAUGCAUGGUUGGCGGUACUAUGAGAGAGUAUCAGCUAGAGGGACUUACCUGGAUGUACGAGAUUUGCUCACAAGGCAUGAGUGGCAUCUUGGCUGAUGAAAUGGGCCUUGGAAAAACCAUUCAAACAAUCUCAUUGAUUGCGCUUUUGCGAGAGCAGGAACAGUACUUGGGUCCUCACCUGAUUGUAGCGCCCCUUAGUACAUUGUCAAAUUGGAUCGACGAGUUCCACAAGUGGGUGCCGUCAAUACCAAUCGUCAUGUACCAUGGAAACAAAGUGCAGAGAGAAGACAUCUUCCAGAAGAAGAUUAUGAACCAUCUCAAGUCUGGACGGCCUACUGCAAAGUUUCCUGUCGUGUGCACGUCGUACGAAAUGGUGAUAAAUGAUCAUCACAACUUGUCACGCAUCAAUUGGGAGUUUAUCAUUAUUGAUGAAGGUCAUCGUAUGAAGAAUUCAGAUGCCAAAUUGUUUCAGCAUCUCCGCCAGUUUUCCUCUGCUACUCGUCUUCUCAUCACAGGUACGCCUCUGCAGAACAACCUCAAGGAGUUGUGGUCAUUGCUGCACUUUUUGCUGCCAAACAUCUUCACAAACUGGGAGGCUUUUGAGUCCUGGUUCGACUUUUCGGAACUAGAAGACGAAAAGGGCACCCAGCAAUUUAUCGAAGACCAAAUGAAGCAAGAUUUGGUUAAGAAAAUCCAUCUCAUUCUGCAGCCGCUGCUACUACGACGUGUCAAGCAAGAUGUCGCUGCUUAUCUUCCGAAAAAGAGAGAAUAUGUCUUAUUUGCACCCAUGACCAAAGAGCAGACGGAUUUGUACAAUGUGCUCUCCAACAAAAACAUCGAUACUAGGUCAUACUUGGAGGAUAAAGCGGUGGAGAUGAUCCGGAGCAAGACUGCUUCUCAGACAUCUACUCGAGCUUCAUCAAGAACAAGGUCCACGACUAGAAAGAGUGGCAGUGAUGAUAAGCAAAUUUCGCUACCCGUUCGAGAGUCUCCUAGAAAGAAAGUCCAAGACCGGCCAGCAUCUCCAGCACCCAAUGCGUUCAGUCUCAUGAUGGGCAAACGAGGACCAGGACGGCCUCCUAAGAAUGCCAAGUCCGACCCAGUUACAACUCCGUCGCAGAAGCGGAAGAGCCCCCCGACUUCUAUCAAGUCGGAAUCUAAAAGCGCAAAGUCCAGCCGACAGUCGACGCCAUUAAGCGUACGCAGCCGUCGACAAGUUAACCGGUCAUAUAAAGAAGCCGACUCUGAUGAAGAAAAGAUGUCGGAUGAUGAAUUUGAAGCCAAGCUUGCAGAUGAAAUGAAAAAGGAAGAAAAGGAUGAUGACUUUACAGAGUCUAUGUCUGCUGAGGACAUGGAGCUAGCCCAAAGCUUGGAAAUGGCCAAGAAGCAAAUCGCCCGCAAGAAACUGGGAAACCCUUUGGCUCAAAUGCGACUUGUAUGCAAUAGCCCACACAACUUUUAUAAUCCAUGGGCUGUGGCUACGGAUAUUCCUGUUGAUGAGACUAUUGUUACAGCAUCAGGCAAAAUGCUUCUUCUUGACAGAUUGCUGAAGCAUCUCUUCGAAAAUGGACACAAGGUGCUUAUUUUCUCGCAAUUCACUACACAGUUAGAUAUCUUGGAAGAUUAUUGCGCAGAGCUACGAGGCUGGAAAGUCUGUCGUAUCGACGGCAGCAUUGCUCAAGCUGAUAGACGUGAGAGCAUCCGGCUAUUUAACACCGACCCAGAGUACAAGAUUUUCUUGCUAUCCACUCGAGCAGGCGGUCAGGGCAUCAAUCUCGCAUCAGCGGACACUGUCAUUCUCUUUGAUAGUGAUUUCAACCCCCAGCAGGAUUUGCAGGCCCAGGAUCGAGCCCAUCGCAUCGGCCAAACACGACCAGUCAUUGUGUACCGUCUGGCCACGAAAGGAACGGUCGAGGAAUCUCUGCUACUCUCUGCAGACGCCAAGCGACGAUUGGAGAAACUUGUUAUCCGCAAAGGCGGAUUCAAGACAAUGGGUCAAAAGCUCAACGAGAAAGAGGAAGACUUGGACCCUGAGACAUUACGAGCUUUGCUAUUAAAGGAUGGCCAAGUCUAUGAGGCGUCCGGCGGAGACGAAAUUCUCAGUGACCAAGACUUAGAAACGAUCUGUGACAGGAGCGAGGAAGCCUUUGAGAAAGCAGCCAGAGGAGAUGGCGAUGCCAACGCGGAUGCGUUUAGAGUUGUUGAGACGGGCGCAGACUCUAUCAAGAUGACUAGGAAGGGCUGA